AUGUCGGCAAACAUGACGUUCCCCAAGCUUGACUGCUUCCAUACAGCGGUCGUCGUUCUACCACCUGAAUCGGUUCAGAGGACCGUCAAUCUUCUGCGCUCAUGCAACGAUAAAAGCUUUCCGCGGUGGACGUCCCACAUCACUAUGCUCUUCCCCUUCGUAGAUCCCUCAGCCCUACCAGUAGCCGCGCAUAUGCUUCGCGAAGUCUCUUCCGCCACGCCAUUUCACCUAUCACUCGAUCACGUCGAAGCAUUUUCUCAGAAGGAGUAUGACACCGUUUACUUAGCCCCGUCCAGUGAUACAGCCCGCCAUAUACAAAAUCUCUGGAACAAGCUCAGCACCGUAGCCGGCUACAAGGGUCGCGCGUUUGUGCCCCACCUCAGCCUCGGUCAGGCCCAGAAGCAACGACACACCGACCAUCAGCGGAAGGAUGAAGGGCCUCAACGAGCUCCUAUCAACUUCCUUCGAGAACAAGGGCAAGCUCUGCUGGUAAACUCAGGCGGAUCAAUUUCUUGGGAUGUGACUACUAUUUUCAUCCUCAAGAAGGACCAUCAGGGCGAGGGGAAGAUGAAGGUUUACGAUCAAAUACCGCUGUAUGGGGCUCAAGCCUCUUCGGUUUCGAUUGCCCCUGAAUCCCCCCUCACGUUCACCUGCACGCCUAACGGAGACUGGGGAUCUACUUUAGAGAACACCAAGACAUCCUCGACAGCUGGCGACCUACAACGCCUGAGAUUGGCAACCUACAACGUCCUUCAUGACCCACAUCAUCCAGCCACAGAACGCUUUUCUCUCCUUGAACGAGCCAUCGUAUCACUUUCAUUCAACGAUGUGUUGUGUCUUCAAGAGGUACCAACCGACUUGCUCCCGCGUCUCCUGGGAUCUCUUAUUAUCAAAGAGCAAUACACCUUUUGUACCCACUCCCCGACCAGUGUCAUGCCCAACGCCAGGAACAUCGUCGUUCUCUCUUCAGGGAGGGUUCCAUUCGCAUGGAAGCAGAUCUCUCUGGGGGCUAACAGGCACAAGAACGCUGCUGUACUGACGCUCAACCUGAACGCACAACGAGAAGCAAUCGCGCAGACUCAACGGCACCUCAUCCUCGCUGUGGUUCAUUUCACCGCCGGGAGCGAACCAUCCCAGGUCCAGUCACGCGAGCGCGAGGCGUCGGCGCUUGUUUCCUACCUUCGGGCUUCCCACCCCUCUGACGACUGCGUCAUCGCAGGAGACAUGAACCUGAAGGGGGAAGGGCUACCCAAGACCAUGGAAGACCAUUUCGUGGAUGCCUGGACCAUCGCGAGCUCUACAUCUUCCCGCGGAACGGACUCAGGGAUGACGUACGAACCAGCGAGGAAUGGACUGGCUUCAGAGACGACGAGGUCGGAUCAGCAAGCUUUUCGAUAUGAUCGGAUAUGUAUCAGGAAGGGCAGCAGGCUCAAGGUACAUGACCUACAUGUCCUCAAUGAGAGCAGCGAAGAGCCGGCAAGCGACCAUUGGCCGCUCAUGGCAGACCUGGCCUGGGAGGAGUUUCCGCCGGCUCCAGCGGCUAGUAUCGCACCUCAGGAGGGCACGAACACGGAGCCUCAUCAUUCUGCAUCCUAUCCGUCGCCGAACAUCUCGGAUCAGCUGCCCUUGACGCCCGACGACGUGGAGUUAGACGCUUUUGUGAAGAAUCGUGGAGGAUAUCCAUCAGAGGCACAGGAUGGCGCCAGAACGGUGGCUGCGCUCCUUCUACAGCGUGUUCUGGCUGGCUCCAACUCAUCAAGUCGUUUCCCAUCCCUCGCUUCUUUGAACAUUCCAUCUCUUCCAUUGCCUUCAGGAGUGCAAAUUGUCACCGAAGUGGUCGGAUCUCGAGCCCUUGAUGUGGACACCGCAUAUAGCGAUAUCGACAUCCUAGCGGUAGGCAAUCUGGCCUUGAACACGUUCUUUGAGUUAUCGAAAGCCCGCAUCCGGGAAUGGAACACGAUCUGCUCCGCAGACGAAAUGAUUGCGCUGAAGAGGCAUGUUCGAGAUGCUGCCGUGCAGAUGAUGAAACUCGAGACAAGGAACGUCUCGGUCGACCUCCAGUACGCGCCAGCGGCGCGGGUUCUAGGAAGUGGCACCCACCUCAUCAUUUUGCUUGCUCGUAUCGUGACACAUGACCCUGAUAACGCGAGAUGCAAAUCAGGGUAUGCACUGCUCAAAACCUUCUUCGACGAAUAUGCCGAGUGGAGUUGGGAAGACAACGAUGUGGCAAUACCGCAUGAAGGUCCGGAGAUGACCGUGUACAAACGCACUGCCAGGGAACCCAUGGCAAUCCUCUCUAGCCAACGUCCAGUGAUCAAUGUCGCGACCUCGGCCUCGGUACCGACGGUCCGCGUUGUUCAGCAAGAGUUCUAUCGCAGUUACGUUCAGCUUGAGCUAAGCUUCUGGGGUGCUGGUAUGCGUCGCAUCCAGGCGCUCGUAGGUUUCGUCGAAUCUAGGCUUGUCAGGCUACUCCUUUCUCUACAUGCGAGCGGUAAUACUACGCGUCUUUGGCCAAAGCCCUUCAUGCAUAAGAGCGAACGCGACGAUCGUGGACAGAAUCAGAGCAGCCUGCGACUGUUCUAUUACGUGGGGACAGCGACUUCGUCCUCUUUCCUAUCCAUAGUCCGUCUGCAGGAGUUCGAGGACAUGGUCACACAAAGCAGCUAUUACAAUCCAGAGGAGGCAUUCGUUUCUGUCAGCGUGGUAGAGCGGGCAAGACAUUCGGAGGACCUUGUGCUUGUCAGCGAACUAUCACUCGCCGACACAGAGGAGGACGAUGAUAGUGAUACGGUUACAAACGCAGACGUCGCCUCUCCAUUGGGGAACGUACGCGAGCCCAUAGCCCCGGGACCUCAUGAAGACGAUUUCUUCCUUCGGGGAACAAAGCCUUCGAAGACCAAGGUUCACGCGAAGGAUCAAGUAGGUUCCGGGACGGGAGAUCUACGCACACAUCCAUCAGAAGGCAACAAGGCCAAGUUGCGCACGAGCGCAGACGUCUAUAACCGCCUGAUGUGGGACCCUAUGGUCAAUGCUGGAGAUUACGUGGUGGGAUAUGAAGACCGUUUUCUCGGUUAUCAGGAGGUAGCUCUGAUAGGCUGGAAGCGGGAUAUUGAAGAUGAGGCCUUCAUACCUUUCCAUCGCGUGGUUCGGUUCAGGCGCAAAUCGGACAAUGUCAUCAUCUGGGAUCGGAGGUCCAGAAUUGACCGCGUCUUCGGCAGUGGCGGCUAG